AUUGUGCACGUAUCUCUGGUUGUUCCGCUUACUCCACUCGGCUUACCGGAAUUGGUGGUGCAAAAAUUGCAUUUUUGGUGUACAAAAAAAGAAUAUUAAAAAUAUAUAUGCAUAUAUUUUCUAGAUUAAUAUGUAUAUAAAAAGAUAUAAUAUAUAUAUUUUUUUUUAUAUGUAGGUAUAUAGGGAGAGAACACAAUGUUUUAAAAAAUUGUAUGUUAUGUUUUUCCCAAGGGCAUCUAAAUAUACCUUAUGUACACAAAUACAACUAAUUCAUUAAAAAAUGAAUUGAAUUGGCGAAGAAUGACGUGCACAUGGAUGUUUUUGGAAUGAACCAGUCAUAAAAGGACAUUGCUCUUUAAAGUAUAGUCGCGCUGAAUAAAUAAGUUGCAAACUAUAAUCAAGCUGGUUUAUACUAAACUACUUCGAAUAUUAAACAUUUUAAACAGUUAUUGUUUAUAUAAGCUAAGAGCUUGCUUGUAAAUCAUUUAAACUUCACAUCCCCAAAGCCCACUGAAAGUACUGGAAAUCAAGGAAUAAAAUCUUACAAAAAAAAGGUUCCUGUAUAAAAAAUGAAUGAACUGGACAGUCUUAGGCAAGAAGCCGAAUCCCUAAAAAAUGCUAUACGAGAUGCUCGAAAGGCCGCUUGUGACACAUCCUUGUUGCAGGCAGCAGCCUCUCUGGAACCCAUCGGGCGCAUUCAAAUGCGUACGCGCCGCACAUUGCGUGGUCAUUUAGCGAAAAUUUACGCGAUGCAUUGGGGUAAUGAUUCUAGAAACCUCGUUUCAGCUUCACAGGAUGGUAAGCUAAUCGUGUGGGACUCCCAUACCACGAACAAAGUUCACGCCAUUCCAUUGCGAUCUUCAUGGGUUAUGACCUGUGCUUAUGCUCCGUCGGGCAGUUAUGUUGCCUGUGGAGGUCUCGACAACAUGUGUUCAAUAUACAACUUAAAAACACGUGAAGGGAACGUUCGUGUGUCCCGAGAGUUACCGGGCCAUGGUGGUUAUCUGUCAUGCUGCCGCUUUUUGGACGACAAUCAGAUUGUAACCAGCUCUGGCGAUAUGUCUUGCGGUUUGUGGGAUAUUGAAACCGGCUUGCAAGUCACCUCUUUUCUUGGACACACUGGAGAUGUUAUGGCUCUUUCAUUAGCACCGCAGUGCAAAACUUUUGUUUCCGGUGCCUGUGACGCAUCGGCUAAACUUUGGGAUAUCCGUGACGGUGUUUGUAAACAAACUUUUCCAGGUCAUGAAUCUGAUAUAAACGCAGUAACAUUUUUCCCCAACGGGCAAGCAUUUGCGACUGGGUCAGAUGAUGCAACCUGUCGGCUCUUCGAUAUUCGUGCCGAUCAAGAACUGGCAAUGUACUCUCAUGACAACAUUAUUUGUGGCAUAACCUCAGUGGCGUUUUCAAAGAGCGGUCGUCUUCUAUUAGCAGGAUACGACGACUUUAACUGCAAUGUAUGGGACACAAUGAAAGCUGAAAGGUCUGGAAUACUUGCCGGCCACGAUAAUCGUGUAUCAUGUUUGGGAGUAACUGAAAACGGUAUGGCAGUGGCAACAGGAUCAUGGGAUUCCUUCUUACGUGUAUGGAACUAAAAGGGAAAAAACUGAGAAGAUUCAUUAAAGGGUGGGGUGGGUCAAUGGUAGCAGUUUGCAGAUAAUAGCACAUAAUCAUGUACAUUUAAAUCUAAUGUAUAUGUUUUGUGUUACCCUUUUGGUGUUAAUGGAAAUAAAUUUAUUAAAAAAAAAGGGUUUAUAUCUGUGGGUGCGACUAGUUGACUUUAAAGUAGACCACAAAAACAAAGAACUUUAUAUACAUUAUUUAUAUUGCUAUAUACUUAUAAACAAACCAAAAGAAAGCUACACAACUCGCAAAAAAAGUACGACUCUCUGGAUCAGUUGUGUAGUCAAAUUCCGGUUACAACUACAAUUUAAAUCGUACAUAAAGUAACCUAAGUUCAAAUGUUUGAGCGCAGUAUGCACCUGAAUAUUACCAAGAGGUGAAAAUCCCUUUUUGCGUCAGUCAUUUGCACACUAUAGAAACAACACUAUCAUUAUGUGGUGCAUCUAUGACUAAAUGUAACUACGAUAGUCUUUUGCAAAAAAUUAAAUUCAGGAUCUGGAAAAUUCAAAUAAAGUUAAAGCAUUUACAAAGAAAAAUAACCACGCAAUAUAAGAAUAAAUUAAAACAAUUGCGUACUAAACUUAAAAAUCAAAUAAUGAAAAUAAUAAACAAAACACUAACAUUUUGUCUUAUUAUGUUAAGUCAUUAAUUUAUAUACAAACAAAAAUAAGAAUGAUUUAAAUAACAGAUUAUGCAUUAGUGAAAAUGUGGAAUACUAUUUACAUAUAAUAUAAUGGCCAUAUAAGGUAUAACAAUAAAUUGAGAUACACAUUUAAAUCCUAAAAUACAUAAAAAAUUUAUAAAUGUUUAUCUAAACAUAGCAUUGCGGCAUUAGGGGGCAUCGAAAUAAAGAAAUCUACCCUUAUUUCAAUAUCAAAAUAGCACUCAAAUAUUCGUACCUCAUUGACCUAUGCGAAAAGCUUCAAUUGUUUGCAUAAACUAAAUAUUUUCAAAGGAUAACUUAAUGAAAAUGUUAAUGUAUGGUCCACGAAGAUGCUAUAAAUGUAUUGAUCAAUGUUUUUUCUUAUUAGGUAUGUUUUAAUUUAUGUACGUAAGAAGAUACAUUUUAAUUUCCAUGGCUAUUAUUUAUAAAAACUAAAGCUUUGACAAUUUUAAACAAUUACCUUGUUCUAUCCUUGAAAUUUCAGAUAGGAGGAUAGUAAUAGAAAAAUGUUCAAGAAAGGCGGAAUGGUAACAAAAGAUUAUAAAAUAUAAAACAUUAAAAAUUCUUAAAUUUAUUAUAAAUACAUAUAUAUAUAUUUUUUUUUCAUAAUUAAUAUUACUUAUUCAUUACAUUUAUUUAAUUUUUCUGAAUUAUUUUUUUAUUUGGAUUUUAUGCAUAUCUUGUAAUGAAAGUACAUUUUAUUUUUUAGUUUUGAGUAUAAACCAGUUAUAGGCAGAUGUAUCUCUUAUGUAUAUGUUUCACACGUUCAGCUUAAUUUAAUUCAAAUCUAUGUUGAAAAAGUUUUGUUAAGUUUUUUUUGGUAGUAUCUCUUUCUAUUACGAAGAAAACCAAUUAUCAGAUUGUCAACAAGCACAUUGGAAUCUAAUAACAUGUUCAUUUAAUAUUAAAGUGAACAUAAAAAAACAUACAUAUUCAAAUUAAAACUAAAUUAAAUUACUAACAUUAAAUUAUAAUUUGUGUCAUAGCCGUCAACUCUGCGUUAUAUCUAGAAUAUAUAAUAAAGAAAAUUGUGUUAAGCAAA